AGAAAGGGUCUAAAUCCAUUGGCCCUGUUGAGAAUUUUCCUAAAACUACCGGUGCUUAGGAGCAAUUUCCCAAAGCAAAACUGACAGGAGAACUGAAAAACUCCUAAAGCCAGUAACUAGUGCAUCCACUCAUGGCCGCGACUUCGUCUUACAUGGCUUGUACAAAAUUCUCCAUGUUGGGUUGGAUUGGAGGCAAGAGAGAGCUGAGAAAGAGGAGGGCAUUCUUCAUUUCAGCUCAACAGCAAGCUGAAGUAGACGAAUCACAGCAAGUGAAUGCGCAAGAAGAAGAGCAAGAGAAGAUGAAGCAGCAAGGGAAGCAAAAGUUACCAAGACCCGUAGAACCACAGGUUAACGUGAAGAGCAAGAACAUGAGCAGAGAAUAUGGGGGGCAGUGGCUCAGCAGUGUCACUCGCCAUGUCAGGAUAUACGCUGCCUACAUCGAUCCAGUCACCUGUGAAUUUGAUCAAACCCAGAUGGAUAAGCUCACCCUUAUCCUUGACCCCACUAAUGAGUUUGUUUGGACAUCAGAGACUUGCAACAAGGUCUAUGCCUACUUUCAGGAGCUUGUAGAUCACUAUGAGGGUGCCCCUCUGACAGAAUAUACACUUCGCCUUAUUGGUUCCGACAUAGAGCACUACAUAAGGAAGCUGCUAUAUGAUGGGGAAAUCAAGUACAACAUGAAUGCAAGGGUCCUGAACUUCAGCAUGGGGAAGCCACGCAUUCUAUUCAACGAUGGCCUUCCCCAAAAUGUACAAUGAUGAUAUUUGGACUAGGAAAGAAGGCAAGUAUGCCAGGUUGUGACAUUAUACUGUUUUAAGACAUUUUAGUUACAAGAUGUCUAAAUGGCUUGUGCCACAAAAGGUAUCCAAAAGUUUUAGAAUGCACAAAACACAAGCAAGAGUUUCAUCCUCAGUAAAUGCAAAAACAUGUAUUUGCCACAAGGCCUUUACCAUAAAGCUUGAACUGAUAGAGCUGCAGCUAUAAGAUUUUCCUGCUUUGUAA